AUGCCCGCUCUCGACCUCGACGCCGCCCUGGCGAAGAUCAAGCGAUGCGAACCGUUGGACGAGCAAGAACUCAAGGCUCUGUGUUCGAGGGUGAAGGAGCUUUUGGUGGAGGAAUCGAACGUGCAGUCGAUCCACUCCCCCGUCACGGUGUGCGGGGACAUCCACGGGCAGUUCCACGAUCUAAUGAAGCUCCUGGAGACGGGCGGGGAGGUACCGGGGACGAAUUAUGUCUUCAUGGGGGACUUCGUAGACCGAGGGUACAACUCGCUCGAGUCGUUCACGCUGUUGAUGCUACUCAAGGCGCGAUGGCCCGGAAGCGUGACUUUGUUGAGAGGAAACCACGAGUCGAGGCAGAUCACGCAGGUGUACGGAUUUUAUGACGAGUGCCAGAGGAAAUAUGGGAGCGCGAACGCGUGGCGGUGGUGCACGGACGUCUUCGACUACCUCGGGUUGGCGUGCGUCAUCGAUGGGAAAGUGUUGUGCGUUCACGGUGGGUUGUCGCCGGACAUUCGGACGAUCGAUCAGGUGCGGACGAUCGAUCGAUUGUGUGAGAUCCCGCACGAGGGACCGUUUUGUGAUUUAAUGUGGAGCGAUCCGGAGGACAUCGAGACGUGGGCGGUGAGUCCGCGCGGCGCGGGGUGGUUGUUCGGCCGAAGGGUCACGGAUGAGUUCAACGAGAUCAACGGGUUGAAUUUGAUCUGUAGGGCGCAUCAGUUGGUGCAAGAGGGGUUAAAGUACAUGUUUCCGGAUAAAAACUUGGUCACGGUUUGGAGCGCGCCGAAUUACUGCUACAGAUGCGGGAACGUCGCGAGCAUCCUGGCUUUCGACGAGAAUCUCGAUCGAGAGGUAAAGUAUUUUACGGAGACGACGGAAAACUCCACGAUGAUGGCGCCUCGAGCGGCGCUUCCCGGAUACUUUCUGUGA